UGAUCCUUUUAACUUAUUAUAUGAUGAUGAGGUUUAGAUCGUCUACAGAGAGACCACCAGCCAGUCGGUCCAGUCCCUCUAACCUUUCUCACCAACUCACAUCUAGAAGCAAUUAGCCACCCUUCUCUCUCUCUCUAAAAGCCUAUAAAUCCCCAUUUCAUGUUCUAACUGGGCCGGCUUUGGUGCACCAGAAACACCACCAAUCAGAUCACCACCACCACCACCACUUACAACAGCAAUAGCAAUAGCAAUAGCAGCAACAAGAGACAACCAGAACAAACCAGUAGGCACUAGCUAGUAGUCCAGUAUAGUAAUAGUUGAUGGGGAGGUCUCCUUGUUGUGAGAAAGCUCAUACUAACAAAGGCGCAUGGACCAAAGAAGAAGAUGAAAGGCUUAUUGCACACAUCCGGGCACACGGAGAGGGGUGUUGGCGAUCCCUCCCCAAGGCUGCAGGCCUUCUCCGCUGCGGCAAGAGCUGUAGGCUUCGAUGGAUCAACUACUUGCGUCCCGACCUCAAGCGCGGCAACUUCACAGAAGAAGAAGACGAGCUCAUCAUCAAACUACAUAGCCUCCUCGGUAACAAGUGGUCUCUCAUAGCCGGGAGAUUGCCAGGAAGAACGGAUAACGAGAUAAAGAAUUAUUGGAACACCCACAUAAGGAGGAAACUGUUGAGCCGAGGAAUUGAUCCGGCGACUCACCGACCUCUUAGCGAACCAGCAGCAGCAUCUGAUCAUGUCAAAACCAUCUCUUUCGCUGCGGUUGCCAAAGAAGAAGAGAAGGUCAUUGGAAGACUAGAGUGCGAAGAAGAAGAGAAAAACGGGAGAGUAGAACGGUUUCCCGACCUGAAUCUUGAGCUUCGAAUUAGCCCUCCUUGCCAGCAGCAACAACAGAUCCCUGAGCCAUUGAAGAGUGGAGGGAGGACAACUCUUUGUUUCUCUUGCAGAUUGGGCUUGCAGAAUAGUAAAGAGUGCAGCUGCAGUGGUUCUAGCAGCGCCAGUGAUUUCUUGGGCUUGAAAACUAGUAUUUUGGAUUACAGAAGCUUGGAGAUGAAAUAAGAAUGAAUGUUCAAUUUGUAUUAAUUAAUAACUAUAUUAGAAAUGGUGAGAAGAAAGAAAGAGAUUGUUAUUUUGUUGGAAAUCUCUCUAGUUUUCUCCUUAA